CCAUCACAAAAUGGCUGUCCCCCUAUAUGUUGUCAAAUAUUACAUCCAAGAACACUCAAGAUUUUCAAUUUUUCUUUCUAUAUUGCUUCUUAUUACACUUUUAUUUUAUAGGUAUAUUUUAUUUACCUUAUUGGUAUGGUCGUUUGUGCUGGGAAUAAUUACAGCUUAUUCUGUGAUCAGUAAGGACUUUAUGCUGCCAAACUUGCUGCCAUAUUUGAAAUUCAUCAAGAAGUCAAAAGAUGGUGAGGGUGACGAUGAGUUCACAUUGCUCAAGUCUGUGUGCACAGUCUGUGGCCAGAGGCGAUGUCCCCGCCACAGACCUGAGCUGAACAUUCUUGCCUUCCAACCAUGGACUGGACUGGACAUUCAUGAGUCUGUGGACCAGGCUUUUGAAGAGUUCCUGAGUAUAGUGCUGAAUGAGUUUGUGUACACAUGGUAUAGGAAGGUAAGUCCAGAUGAGGAGUUUGUGGAUGAGCUGCGGACCUCCAUACGGUUCCUCUUCUCUGUUCUGCUCAGGAGAGGGAAAAAGGUGGACGUUCCACGCCUGGUGACGGAGAAGUUGAUGAGGGCUGGGCUGCAACACCUACAUGCCUGUCUACAGGCCCGGGCUCAAGCUAAGGAAGGGGAGGACCUUCAGGAUGCCACAUUAGCCUUUCUUGGCCCUAACCUUCAUUAUGCCAUGUCAUCACGCAAGGCUGAACAGGAAUACAUACGUAGACUCGUCGAGAAAAUAUUCCCAUACGUGUUAAGACCUCAGGCCCUGCAGUCCAAGGCUAUGUGCGCAUUACUGAGGGAGAUCCUAGCGGCGUCUGUCAUCAUGCCAGCGAUGGAUGCUAUUGCAAACCCAGAUAUGGUGAACAAUAUGAUCCUGAUAUUUUUGGAUGACACCCCUCCUCCCCCACCCCCAGCUGUGCCCUCCCCGAAGGUCUCAUUCCUGGCCAACUUCAGCAGGCAGUGCCGCUCCUUCAGUGACCCAGAACAACCACCCAAACUCAGCAAGUCUAGCCUGCGGUUUGUGCUUGGUGAUGUGAUGGACCCAGACCACCCGAAAAUGCUCUACCCGUUCAUGCAGUUCCUGAAGUCUGAGGCCGCCGUGAAUGUCCUGCAGUUUGCACUUUCAUGUGAGGAUUUCAACAAGAAGAUCCUGGACCCUGAGUUGAGCCAGCAGGACCUGGAGAAGUUGCAUGCGUCUGUGCGUGAAUUGUACAGGAACUACCUUGCCCCAAAUGCCCCUGAUAAAAUCAAACUGGAUGAGAGCAUUGUUACAGAACUACAGGAGAUUGUGGACGGUGACCCAGAGGAUGUGAUCCAGCUGCGCCGCUCAACCCCCAUGUUCCGGGCAUAUGAACAUGUAUAUAACCUCCUCAACCAUACAUUCCUACCACUCUUCCAUCAGAGCGAAGAGUACUACAAGAUGAUUAUUGGAGACAGAUUGGCCUCGCAGACAUCAAAGGCUGCAACAAAUACAUCUUGGAAACAAAAGCCUGUGGGAAUAGGUUCCAGAAUCACCAAGGUCUUCAAACCUUCAGUAGACAAAUCUGACACUAAAUCAGUAUCAUCACUGGAUCUAGUGGACGGGGAGAACAAUGAUGAGGCCGACACAAUCACUGUCCCUUCUGCAAGUUCGCUAGAGGGCGGGGAGAAUGAGGUGACAGACCUGGAUCUUGCCAUGGAGACAUUCCAGCCCCACGACCUCUCCACCUGGCGGGUCACAAUCCCCCGCCUCGGCAACAGACCCGACCCAGAAAACAACAAGAAGAGCUUUUUUGUGUUCAUUGUAGAUGUCCGGAGGGUGGAUGUGCCGGAUGAGGGGAGAGCCAUGUGGGUUGUGGCGAGAAGAUACCACGAGUUCUACAUUCUGGAACAGAAACUGAAAGAGUUCCAUGGUGAGUUGGAGAAGUGCAGCCUGCCAGAGAAGAAAAUGUUUGGAACAAAAAACCAGGACUUCAUAGAUGGAAAAAGGGAACCAUUUGAACAGUACCUACAGCGACUGUUGACCCUGCCUCACCUGAAAGGCAGCCAGCUUCUCUACAACUUCCUCACAUCAGAGAAGCCUUUUGAGUUUGGACUGGACAUUAACAUUGGUCGAGCUUUGAACAAAAUUCCCAGGAAACUUGUAAAAGAGAAAGGGCAACAUUUGGAUUCUUUCCUGCACAACUUUGAAAAGAGUAUUGAACCAUCUAAACCAUUGCCAUGUAAAAUGGAGCGCAGGGAUUCGUCAGCCUCACUGCUGUCAACCUCCAGUUUAAAGUUGUCCCAGACGAUAUAUGAGAACAAUGCGAGUGGGCUGGAACAGCGUGACAGAGUACAGGGAGACCUGCUGACGGAGAGGAGAAACGUUGAGGGGGUCUAUGAUACAAUCAUCUAUAUAGCCCGGUAUGUGUUUGAGGUGCCGGUAUGGCUACACCACUGCCUGUACACUGCCCGAAUGUUCAUGAAGGAGACGCUGGAGGGAUAUCUAGACUGGUACAUUGAACACAAGGUCGCCAUGGUUACCCAGGAACACAGGCUUGUCAGCCUCAUACACCUGCUCAGAGAUGUGCUGUUUUUUGACACUGAUCCACCUAGGACAGAUGAUGAGAAGAGACAGAGAUACGAUGAGGUUGUUCAAGGAUGUCUCGAUUUUCUGCCAAAGGGCGCUGUGUUGGCGAUGGGGGAGGAGAAACACCGGGCCGGCUCCCUGACUGUAGUCCACUGUCUACAGCAGCCCAAACUCAACAAACAGUUAAGUUAUGUCUUCCUGGACAUCCUGAUGACAGAGCUGUUUCCCGAGAUAACAAACAAUAAGCCAAUCAGCGUAUGAUAUCCUGUCAUUUAUUAUGAGGAGCAGGAGUGCAGUGAUGUCAUGAAAUCAUUAGAUUUUAGAAAGAACAUUCCAGCUUGAUCUCAUUAUAAAUACGCAUAUUAAUAUGUAUUUUUAUUAGCUGUGCAAUAUUUCUAUGUAUUUCAAACAUUAUUUGCGUUUUGACAAUAAUCAACAAGAUAAUCUAAAUGCACUAGUGGAAACGAAAUAUUCAUCUUUUACCUCUUCUGUUUUUUUUAAGAAAAAAAAAUAAGUGGUAUUGUCAUAGACUUGGUGCCAUCGUCUUUGUUAUGCAAAAACUUAAAUCUUGGACAUAACUAAUAAUCAUGUUGCCAGAAACAAUACAUACUUGUACUUACAUAUCGAGGCUGUGGCCCUGACUUUUUAAAAAAUGUUGAGUUAUGUCUUUAGUUUUUGACUGAAAAAAACAACAAAAACAGACCGACAUGUGCAUCAGCUCUGCACCACUCUUGUUAUUUAAAAGAUGAUUAUGUGAUGUAAUUACAUAUACGGUAUUACAUUCUGAUAGAUUUGGUUACUAAGUUAUAUAUAUAUGCUUGUAUGCUUUCAUUAUGACAAUAAUGUUAUAAUUAAUCUGUUUAUUAAUGAGUUGCCUGUGAUAGAUUUUCAUACUUAAAUGUCUUAGAAGUUUUUUUAAUAGCAGUCAACACAAAGUUGCACUACUUUCUAAACAUUCUAAAUGUGGUGGUUUGUUUCAUAUCACUGUCUAAAAUAUCUAAUUGACACUUUUUAUUGGAUUAUAGGAGAUUACAUGUUGUAAUUGAGUUUUUGUCUGUUAUACGAAUUCAAGACAACAUCUUUAUAUUAAAUUUUACAAACUG